AUGCGUUACUUCACCACCGCUUUCACGCUUGCGCUGUGCCUUACCCUCGCUAACACUGUCCCCAUCCGGCGGGUGGCACCACUGCGCCGGGCAUUGGAUCCUACCGUCAACUGCCCCGACAAGGAUGACAAUGGGUCGCCUCUCCUCGCGUCCGGCGUCGCUGACGAAGGCCAAUUCUCGUCGUGCACGUACGAGGAUGCAAAACAAUGCCAGUACUUCGCUGCGGACGGUUCAUUCUCCUCCGGCGCAAGCACCUGUCCCGACGGUCUGCCACAGAACCUCGAGGUCUUCAAUAAAGGCGGCGCUGCCAAGACCGAAGAGACCAAGACCACCACUGUAACUGAGCGCAUUACCGUCGUCGUAACGAAGACGAUCGCGAUCGUCGUGCCCACCCCGGUGCGGGAUUAA